AGGUCUGCCAAGCCCUUUGUGGCUGUGAGAGACAGAAUGCCCGCCGGGCCUGGCAAAGCCGUGACCAGCACACUGGCUUCCAGACUCCAGGGUGUUCUAGCUCCCACCCGCCCAGAUGGAGCUGUGGGGAGCAUGGACAGGACUCCGUCUUCCUGUUCUCUAGCAGAGGCAGGGAGCCCAAGCCACCCAAGACCGUCCUCAGAGCCCGGACCCCCAGCAGAGGACCCGGCACAGGCCUGCACCAAGCUGAGGGCCACCUCAUCUUGCUGGGGUGCUGGGACGGGGGGCUUGCUGAGGGAUGCGGACUGGAGAAAGUGGAGCAGGGGAGACAGGCAGACCCUGGUUCCCUGCACCUCCCUGUGCCGAUGCUGCUUGCCCGAGGGGCAUCGAGGUCCCAGGCCACCUGCUGGCCACCUGUUCUGGGCCCACAGGGCGGAGUGUGGGUGGGCAAGUGUCUCGGUGACUGUUCCUUCUUCCCCUUGCAGCACUCCCAUGGGCCAGGUGUAGGGCUGCAUGUCUUCACGGCGUAAAACUCGUCCACACCCCAGUCUCCAAAGAAGGCAUUGCCGUCCCUAUUUUCCCUACAUGGCUCCUCCAGGGAUGCCGUGGUCAUCGAGGGUCCAGGCGCACCCAGGCAGCUCCAGGUCAUUCCCUCUCUCUAGUGAGGUGCCUGCCACCAGGGGUCUUCCACAUCCCGCAGCUGCCUGUUCUGUGCGUGGUGCGCCCCUGUGUGUCCAGCCACGCAGGCCCUAUGGCUGCCCUCCUAGAGGCUUCCUGCCCUGGACCCCCAGCCCUUGGGCCCCCAGCCUUGGGCUCCCAGCCUUGGGCUAUACUGCUCCCUGUCUGGAUUGAUUGAACCCUGGCUAUUUCCUUUUGUUUGUUUUAAAGUCUGACUAAUUGGAGACUAAACGUGGAGAGAAAUGGUGACACACCCCAGUUAUUUUGGGGAAACCCAGGGUCUGAUGACAGCCGCCAUCUGUUGGGCCAUGUGUGUCACAUGGCGGCUUCCUGUGGCCCUGCAGGCAGAGCGUGAGGGACUGGCGUUGUCCAGGUCCCACUGGCACUGCCCCUGCAUGGUUCUUGAUGCUGUGCUGACCCACGCAGCGGUGUCCGUGGGCUCUGGAGACCAUCGUUUCAACCUCGUGGAGAUCCGGUCACAGAACUACAGUGUUGAGGGGGAGUGCGAGGAGCCUUCGAGGUGCUCAGACAAGCCCAAGGAGGAGCUGGAGAAGGACUUCAUCUCCCAGAGCAGCGACAUGCCCUUCGAUGAGCUGCUUGCACUCUAUGGCUACGAGGCCUCAGACCCCAUCUCAGAGCAGGGGAGUGAGGGUGGCGAUGUGGCUCCCAACCUCCUGGACAUGACCCUGGACAAGGAACAAAUAGCGAAGGAUUUGCUUUCAGGGGAAGAAGAGGAAGAGACGCAGCCAUCUGCUGACGACCUCACCCCGUCCGUGACCUCCCACGAGGCCUCCGACCUCUUCCCAAACCGGAGUGGAUCUCGUUUCCUGGCUGAUGAAGUCAAAGAGCCUGGCUCUUCUGCCUCCUCCGACACUGAGGGGGACUCCCUCCCUGCCAACAAAUGUAAGAAGGUACGUGGCUCUGCUUCUCCCAAACCUCGUAUCGACCACAGUCACCACAGCGGGGUCCUGCGGAGCCCUCUCCCUGGGCAUGUGCCCCUUCUCAGAGGAGGGAUGUGCUGCUCAACCCCGGGGUGGGCCGGGACUGGAGCCCUGGGUCCUGCUACUGACCGAGUGUUUCUCCUCUGA